AUGAAGCGAGCUGCACUGAGACGUUCAGAAAAAAUCAGGGCCGUCACACAGUGUGUGUGUGUGUGUGUGUGUGUGUGUGUGUGUGUGUGUGUGUGUGUUAAUUGUUUGUCCAGGUGUGUGUGUGUGUUGUUGUUUGUCCAGUGUGUCUGUGUGUGUGUUCAGUGUGUGUGUGUCCAGCGUGUGUGUGUGUUCAGUGUGUGUGUGUGUGUUUGUGAGUCCAGUGUGUGUUUGUGUCCAAUUGUGUGUGUGUGUCCAGUGUGUGUGUGUGUGUGUCUAGCGUGUGUGUGUGUGUUCAGUGUGUGUGUGUGUUUGUCCAGUGUGUGUGUGUGUGUGUGUUUUUGUCCAGUAUGUGUGUGUGUGUUUUUGUCCAGUGUGUGUGUGUCCAGUGUGUGUGUUUGUGAGUCCAAUGUGUGUGUGUGUGUUCAGUGUGUGUGUUUUUGUCCAGUGUGUGUGUGUCCAGUGUGUGUGUUUGUGUGUUCAGUGUGUGUGUGUGUGUUCAGUGUGUGUGUGUGUGUGUGUGUGUGUGUGUGUGUGUGUGUGUGUCGUGUGUGUUUUUGUUUGUCCAGUGUGUGUGUGUUUUUGUUUGUUCAGUGUGUGUGUGUGUGUGUGUGUUCAGUGUGUGUGUGUGUGUGUGUGCGUGUGUGGGUGCAGUGUGUGUGUGUUUUUUGUUGUUCAGUGUGUGUGUGUGUGUGUGUGUGUGUGUGUGUUCAGUGUGUGUGUGUGUGUUCAGUGUGUGUGUGUGUGUGUGUGUGUGUGUGUGUGUGUGUGUGUUCAGUGUGUGUGUGCGUGUGUGUUCAGUGUGUUCAGUGUGUGUGUGUGUGUGUGUGUGUGUGUGUGUGUGUGUGUGUGUGUGUGUGUGUGUGUGUGUGUGUGUGUGUGUGUGUGUGUGUGUGUCAGGUUAUUAUUGACACUGAGUCACCAUCAAAACAAACCCUAAACCCUGGAUAG